AACGCUCCGGACACCACGGAGACGAGGAUGCUGCACUCAUAAAGCUCGCGUGAGGACGCCGAGUCUGACAAAGACGCCAACACCGUUAAACCACCACAACAACAGCACAUACGAACACCUCAACAGCUGUCAAGAUGAAGGCGGCUUACCUCACGCUCGGCCUCUUCGCCGCUCUCACGCCCGCCGCCUCCGCCUACAGCAAGAGGCACCCCCGGUACAUGCGUCUCCGCCAGAGAUUCAACAAUGGAACUGCGGGCAUCAUUGUCUCGCCGGAGGAUGACCCUGCUGCCAUCUCGGAUUCCACCUCCGCCACCGCCUCUGUUCCCCUGUCCACCGGGGUCUCUUCGGACACGGCAAGCCUCGUCACCAGUGCCCCCCCUUUCCCGACCAACGGCACCGGAAGCGGCAUUACCACCCUGACCGUGUCGACUACCUCGAUCCAUACCGUCACCUCUUGCUUGCCGGAGGUGGUUGACUGCCCUGCAAGGACAGAGGAUCUCACCAACCUCCCUACUGAGGCUCUCACUACUGCCAUCGUUACUGACACUAUCGUUCUCACUACGACCGUCUGCCCUGUUACCGCUGUACCCUCUAUCACCUCGAGCGUCCUGUCUGAACACUCUAAGGGCAUCAUCACUGGCAGCACCUUGAGCCCCGCCAAGACUUCUACCGCCGCCCCUGCUUCCGCGACUACCGGGGUCUCUUCGGACGCGGCAAGCCUCGUCACUAGCGCCGCCCCUUCCCUGACUACCGGUACUGGAAGCGGCGUUACCACCCUGACCGUGUCGACUACCUCGGUCCAUACCGUCACCUCGUGCUUGCCGGAGGUGAUUGACUGCCCUGCAAGGACAGAGGAUCUCACCAACCUCCCUACUGAGGCUCUCACUACCGCUAUCGUUACCGACACUAUCGUCCUUACUACGACUGUCUGCCCUGUCACUGCUGUGCCCUCUAUUACCUCGAGUGUCCUAUCCGAACACUCCAAGGGUGUCAUCACCGGCAGCACCUUGAGCCCCGUCGAAACUUCUACCACUGCCGCUGAGACGGACACAACCACCACCGCGACCAUCACCACGACCGGCACCCGCACUGUCACCGUCAAGAGGCCCACCGCUACCGCCGCCACCACCGUGGGCGUUUCGCCCGGCAGCGGCAGCGGCAGCGGCAAUGGCAAUGGCAACGGCAACGGCAACGGCAGCGGUAGCGGCACCGUGUGCAACUGCGAUGCCGCCGCGGCCACCGUGACCGUCACCGAGGCCGCUGUGACCGUGACCGCUCCCGCCUCCACCGUCUUUGUCACGGUCGCCGGCGCCGACUGCCAGGCCACCGCGUCCCCGUCCUCGGCCUCGGCCCAAGACGGCAACGGCAACGGCAACGGCAACGGCAGCGGCAGCGGCAGCAAGACGACCAGCGUCGCGUCCUCGGCCUCGGCCACCUCGACCGCCUCGCCCACCGGCACUGGUGAGACCGGCAGCGGCGAUGACGAGGAGGACGCCUGCCCGACCGACGAGGUUGAUGACGCCGUCACCGCCUCCGCAACCACCGCCUCCGCUACUGCUUCCGUCACCGCCUCCACCACCGAGUCGGCCGCUCCCAGCCAGACCUCCGGUACGUCGACGGGCGAGGACGCGGGCAACAGCGACGAUGAUGACAACUGCCCGGAUGACGAGGUUGUCACCGUGACCGCGUCCGAGGAGGCGCCGUCGGCUACCACCUCGAGCGGCAGUGCUGCAACUUCGGGGCUGUAAGAUGGUGGG